GAUGAGACUGGUGCAUACUUAAUAGACCGGGACCCCACUUACUUUGGACCCAUCCUGAAUUUCCUCCGUCAUGGGAAGCUGGUCUUGAAUAAAGAUAUGGCUGAAGAGGGGGUCCUAGAAGAAGCUGAGUUCUAUAACAUAGGUCCUUUAAUCCGAAUAAUCAAGGAUCGACUGGAGGAGAAGGACUACCCAGUAACCCAGGUGCCUCCUAAGCACGUCUAUCGUGUGCUACAGUGCCAGGAAGAGGAGCUCACUCAGAUGGUUUCCACUAUGUCAGAUGGAUGGCGCUUUGAGCAGCUUGUGAACAUUGGCUCAUCCUAUAACUACGGGAGUGAGGAUCAGGCUGAGUUCCUGUGCGUGGUUUCCAAAGAGCUGUACAACUCCCCCAGUGCCCUGAGCUCUGAGCCUGGCCACAAAGCCAAGAGCACAGAGGAGAACCUGGAGGAGGAAGAGCAGGAGGUG